AUGCUGCAAGUCGUUCACUUCCUGUUUGUAGAGACAGCUUAAAAUCUGUACAAAGAAUAACAAUUUUUUGCAUGUGGGAACAAAGUAAUAAUUAGAAUAGACCAUAUAGACAGAUAGUCUGCCAAAAUAUUUGGUAAAUGGUGAUACUGCUAUAUAUGAUGCAUACACAAGAACGGCACAACCUUUUUCAGAUGUAACUCUUAUAAAUGGUCAAAUAACCUUAGUUCUAUAAUUGAGCUAGGCAGAAAGAAGAUUACAAUAAUUAUCCAAUGCAUGCAUAGUACUUACUUUUUAUUGUAAAGAAAAUUAUUACAAUUCAGAAAGUCAUUCAAACCAAUGUGUUAUUUGCGAGAUUUCCUCACAUUUCAAUUAAUUUUGCUAGCGGAAUAGCAGUUGGUAUGGCUACUCAUAUCUCAACUUAUAAUCUUGGUAAGGUAACAGAUACCUGCUUCGUAUUUUGUUAAUCCAGAAAUUACAAUUCAAGAGGUAACUCAAAAAUAAUUUUCAGCAUCUUACUUCCCUAAUGGAUGUCAAAAUAUAAACUACAAAGAAUGAUAUAACGCAAUGAUUAAGGUUAAGAGAAGCAUUACAGUUCAUGGAAAAAACAGAUAUAGAAGAAAAAAAAAUCGUUAUGA